UAAGUUUCGUUUUCCAUUCGUCACUACUAUGGACAGCCGCCAGCUGUGCAGAAAGAUCUCACAAUGUAGCCUACCCUGACUGCUGGUUCUCUUGCAUUCAGACGGUAGCCUAACUUUCCAAUCUUCACCAAAAAUGUCGGAAGCCGGUCUCUUGAAAAUAAUUUGCGGCAAUGGAGGAGCAAUAGAUUACGACAGACUCCUUGAACUUGCUUCCGGAUUUCCAGAUAUAAACUGCUCUGAAUUUGAUUCACUUCUCGGAAAUAAACAGUUUUUCCAUCUCACGGAGAACGAUGGUGUCAAACAAAUACUUGCCAAAACAAACAUGAAAAUUUGCAGUGUGACAAUGUGUCACAAGGUGUCGUCUAGCUGUACAAACCUUCAUCUUUGUAAAUUUUAUCUUCAUGGAGAAUGCAAGGCAAGACCCUGUUGUUACGGACACAAUUUAAAUUCGGCCCACAACGCCAACGUUCUCUCCAACCAUCGGCUGCAGAAGCUUAGCAGAGCAGAGAUCAGGCAGCUGCUUUUACAGAAUGACAGCCCACAUUCCCUUCUUCCACCGGUGUGUAUCAGAUACAACCAAGGCGAUGGUGACUUCGGCAAGUGCGAUGACCAGGACAACUGCACAUACCUCCACAUCUGCGAGGACUACAUCCGUGGCACCUGCGACUCUGCAGGUGACUGCGGCCGGUCCCACGACUUCUUCGAGCCCCACCCAAUGACGACGCUGCGGAGGAGGGGUGUGCCCGACGAUAAGGUGGGAUCCAUGCUCUCCGUCUACCAGAGGAUCUUGGUACUCAGGGGCACGUUGGCGAAGGACUUGAAGCCCAAUCCUGGUGCCAGGACCAGGGGCAGACGUGGCAAAGCUGGUAAAGGACAUGCCACUGCCACCACUAACACAGAGGCGACCAAAGACGUAAGGAGUCGGGCACGGCCAGAGAUUAACGAAAUUUGCCUCUUCUUCGUCAGAGCUGAUUGCAAACAAGACAACAGGUGUUGGAGAGUCCACUCCAAAAUGCCCUACCAGUGGCAGGUGAAGAUGGGUGAAUCCUGGACCGACCUGCCAAACAGUGAAGACAUCGAGAGGGACUUUUGUAACCCGAUCAACACUACUGCUCUGAGGGAGGGCGACCCUGUUAGUUUUGACACCAUGACCUGCGGUCCGCAUAAGGUGCGCCGGCUCUCCACCGCCUCAUCCGUGGCCCAGCCAGACUUCAUCCUCACCACCGAGUGGAUCUGGUUCUGGGAGGAUGAAUAUGGGAAAUGGAUCCCAUAUGGCUCCAUAAAAGAGAUGCAUAGGUUGUCCUCAAUCUCCUCCAGUGAUUUGGAAAAGCGUUACCAGGACGACAACAAAGCAGUGGUUCUCUUUACAGCUGCUACAGAGCAGUAUGAAGUCAGUUUCAAAGUUAUGGAGCAGAAGAAUAUGAGCUCUGGCAAGACAAGACAAGUUAGAAGAAGACCUAACUUCGUCUCUUCUUACGGUGUCCAAACGGCCAGAACCAGCGAUGGGAGAGGGAGCCCCCCCCCCCCCCCAUUGACUUCAAAUCCGGGCCUACUGGGUAACUGCCCACUGAUGCAGAGGACCAGGCUCAUUGGUGGCACCACAAGAGUAACUCUGCUAAGUACCGACCGGGACUACCUGAAGGUCCAGGAGCUGUUCAGAAAGACUCUGAGCGGUUUUGACAUUGUCAGUGUUGAGAGGAUCCAGAACAAAAAACUCUGGGAAGACUUUCAGACGAAACGAGAUCGGAUGAAGAAGGCCAAUCAGGACAAAAAGUACGCUGAUGGGGAACGUCUGCUCUUUCAUGGCACAAACUCUCAGUACAUCGAUGCUAUCUGCUUCCAGAAUUUUGACUGCAGUAAGUGUGGUGCCAAUGGAACAGUUUACGGAGAAGGAUGUUACUUUGCCCGGGAUGCCUCCUACUUCAACAACUACACCUCUGGCCAUGGCAAGCGCUCCAUGUUUGUGUGCCGUGUACUCGUAGGCUGCUACACCCGAGGGCAGUCUCAGUAUCCACCCUCCAGGGAUGGAGGCCUCAUUCUGUAUGACAGCUGCGUGAAUGACGUGCGCGACCCUUCUAUCUUCGUGGUCUUUGACAAGCAGCAGGUGUACCCCGAGUUCCUCAUCACCUACACUGAGCACGUCUAUCGUCCGCCAGUGACUCUGGAUUCUUCUUCCGAUUCUGAUUCUGAUUUUACUUUGUUUUCUCCCGUCAAGACGACUGUGACCUCCACAGAGUCUUUCUACAAUUCUUCACACUACGGCUCCACUGUGCUCACAAGCAUAACCAGUGCACCACAGCUCGUAACAAUCGUGUCCACUUUGGCCUCGCAUUCAUCUGUGUCACCGUCGCCUGCCAGUCUGACCACAGGACAAAAGGUCCACUCUUCCAGCGGCACAGUUUCCGUUCAGCUCUCUAGCUCCAACACAUUGGCUCCGACUGUGGGUGCUUCUAGUCCGUUUUCUGUCUCGACAACACCCACCAAGCCGUCGACAGGGUCUCCCCAAAGCUCUGCCACAACACCCGUUACUCACUAUUCGCCAUUCAGGUCUUCACAUCUGGAUCCAGCCCAGGCUUCUGCCGUGUCCACAACACCCUCAGCUCCUGUUCCAUCAGCAGCGAGAUCCGUAUCCACAACACCCUCAGCUCCUGUUCCGUCCGCAUCGAGAUCCGUGUCCACAACGCCAUCCGCUCCUGUUCCGUCCGCAUCGAGAUCCUUGUCCACUUCUUCCAAGCAGCCAAGUAAUCCUUUACAAGCAGCCCAAACAAAUAAGAGAGACUUCUUCAGUGAUGAUGGGGGAUGGGAGUACGUAGAUUCAUCAAACAUCUCCAGAUCUAAGAGUGCAUCAACAGGCCUCUUUGAUCUACAAACAUCCAGCAGUUCCACACUAACCUCCCAUCAGUCGGGUCCCAGGCCAGCGUCCAGGCGAUCGCUGUACUCGUCCCCAGACGCGUCUCUGGUCAGCUCCUCUGUGAGGUCCGCCGCCACAACGCCAUCGGCUCCUGUGAGGUCCGCCGCCGCGGCAACAUCAGCGAGUGCAAGGAGGGUAUCUCCUUCAUAUCUGUCCACCUCAACGUCCUCUUACACCCGACAAGUGCCUCGUCCACAAAGCCAAGACAUCUAUUAUGUUCCCACUCCUAGGAGACAGAGUAAUGAACCAAAGAAGAAAGAAGAAUGCAUCUUGCUUUGAUCUCAUUGUCUUUUUGCCCAUUAUUUUAUGAUUUUGCUCAGAUUUUUGUUUUUAAUGGUUAAAACAAAUUGUCCCACUUGUACUACUGCAAUAAUUAGCUUCUCUCUGCUACGUCUCACUACACUUUAGUAGUUCUUGGAUUGUAAUGAUUACAAUUAACAACACUAGUGUUCAUUUAGAAUGUUCAAUAUUAUGGUGUCUGUGAUGGACAUCAGAGCUAUAGCUCAGGGCCUCUGUUUGCCAGUGUCUUGGCAUGUGGAUAUAAUUUAAAGAUUAAAUGUGAUUUUGCGCAAUAUUUCCAGUGGUUGGUUAUGGUUUUCACAAUUUGUUUAACUCAAUCAUUGCACUUAACAAAAAAAGAAUGUAAUUCCUAAUAAAUUAUGUAAUCCAG